AUGGAUCCUCCUUCCAGUGCUCCUGCUGCUCCGACGGCAGCGCACUCCUCUCAACAGCCCGCAAACGUGGGCACGGGGCUCCCAAACGGCACCGCCACGGCCGGCUCUGCUCCCAUCACGCCGGCCACGGCCACGGACAAUGCGGCGUCCGGUCUCAUCCCCAUCGCCUUGGCCCCCCCGCCUAUGGUCGAUGCCGCUGCUCCCGCCACCAACGGCAUGCCUGCUCCCAUUCCAAUGUCCGCCGAGCAGGCAAAUCCAACACAGAGCUCGGGGCAGGAGCCGGCAAGAGCCCAGCAACCCUCUGACCUGACGACGCGCCUUGAACCACCCAAAGCCACCUCGGUGCCAAAACCCAACCGCUUUAACGUCCGUGUCGUGAGUACCAACGAUUCCAACCCCAUCAAUCGCUCUCAAUCCAUGCCCGCGGGCGCGCGCCAGGCCGCUGCACAGAUGCGUGAGAUUAGCAACAACGAAGCCACAACAGCUGCCGCCGCACCCGAUUCAGCACCACCGGCCACCACGACGACCGCUGAAACACCCGCCACAAGCACCGGCCCUUCCAACGCGGCGGCACCCAGCACAAGUGCUGGCGCUCCCCCCACGACCACGACCGAUACCUCGGCACAGCGCGCCGGCCGAUUCCGCGUUCGGGUGCAGACUCCGAAUGACAUGACACAGCAAGCCACAGAGCAACCACCCGCCUCCAAACCUGUACCCGUCGAGUCCACGGCCCAGUCGACGCUCGAGCCGCGACUCGAGGAGGGCAUAUCUACCAUCGAGCCAGAACCGUCUGUUGCUCUUGGCCUUCAAGACUCUGUCGGAAGCGUGGCCUCCAACGCCUCAGCCACCGUGCCCACAUCCACGGCCGCAGCAGGCCCUGCCAAGAAUGCUGAAAAGCGCGGCCGCUUCAAAGUCAAGCAAUCAUCCUUGGUCAAGACUGACUCGGCAGAUGCUGCCAAUGAGAGUCCCGCCGCGGCAGCACCUCCCAUCCAAUCUGCCGCUCAACCCGUGCCGGCCGUGACGCAGCCAGUCACGCAGCCAGCUUCACAGCCGGCCGCCCAGCCAGCGGCGCAGGUCCCUGCUGUCGUGCAACCCAUCGUGGCUCAGCCUGCACCCGUCGUACCUGUGCCGACGCAGCCCACACCAGCUCAGCCCAUGCCAGCUCCGUUGCUACCCUCGUCCGCCGCCCAGGCGGCCAUAGUCUCCACUGUUAACCAGCAUCAACCACAAGCGCAAAUCAUUCCACCCGUCAUGCAAGGUAACGCGCCGGCAGUUGCCAAUCCCGGUGCUAGGCGUAGCUCCACGGCCGUUGCUGCGGCCACAACUGCAGCCCCGGUUAAUGCUUCCGCACGCCGCAACGCGGGGCAUGUGGAGCAGCACGCCAAUAUCACACCAACCAAGUUUCACGCCAUGCGCUCUAUGAACCCCGCCAACAUCUUGACUUCGAAUGCUGGCGGACCCAAGCGACACGUGGGCUUUGAUCCCGCCCAUCCGUCCAUCAGCCCGGCACCCGCUUACAUCCCCGGGCGUUCCUUGAAGGGUCAGUCUGAUUCUUCCCACUCUCACGUUGUCACACACUCGCUGUGCCAUGCGUUCUUAUUCUCUGUUAGCCAACAAUCCCAGUGGUUUUCCACAUUCCCCUAUUUUGCAUCGCCGCGCAUUGCCUCUGGGGGCAGCCAUGAGUACCAUCACUAUCCUCCUACACCCUUCCCUGCUCCCCAUCCGCUCAAUCUGACUGGUGGCACGGACUUGGAGGCCCAGACUACAACACAGCAAGGUCGCUUUACAUUGCGCGUGGCUAGUGAAAAAGACCGCAGUGAUCAACGCGAACGCAACUAUUUCCGAGGCGAGUUCCUCGUUUACGACGAAUAUUGCCAACCCGGCGAGGAGACGAAUCACACACGCGAGGCCCGUCGCAUCAACUCUGUCAACGCCGAGCGCGAACUAGGCCUCCCCAUGCAGCACUUUUUGGAAGAGUUUCGGUCCGUUGGUGCCUUCUUGCAGCAGCAGAAUCUCGCACUCAAGGCCGUGCUCGAGGAACAAGCCAUGCAGUGGUCCCAGAUCUUUGAGACCACCAAGCAGAUCAAGCACGCUCUAGGGUUGGAUCAGCCUCCAGGCAGCCAGCGCCAUGGUGCAACGCCCGCCUCGCUAGCGCAGCAACUACUCGUCUCCAUUCAGCGCACAGAGCUCGAAAAUUCCAACAUGCACAAUCGCUCGUAUCAACUCGAGGAGUGUUGUGCCCGCCUGACCGAACAACUCAAAGAGCUUGGACACCAGCCAGCGGCGGCUGCCCCGCCCCCACUGAUCCCAUUUUCACAGGAAAAGGAGGAAGAACCUGAGCCUCAGACGCCUGCGCCUGCCGACCCGGACCCCGAUGCAUCAGAGGCAGAUGACGAAUUGGAGCCGCUCGAGCAUGUGCAGCAGUCGGGUCACCUCAACUUUCCCCAGGCAGGAGGUUAUAUGGAGGACAUGGAUGCGCAACAGUACUAUGCCCAGCAGUUGCGCAUGACACCGCCUCCAGCCCUCGACCCGCGCUUGCUCGCGCAUCGUGGUUCCGCCUCCUUUGGCCCGCUCUACGACCCGAACAUGUCACUGGCUGCAGCCUACCACCCGACCAGCCUGAUGUACAAUUCUGGUCUGCUCAGUGGAGCAUACGAUCCCCUGCAGACGCUCAAGACGCAAGCCUUGCUGCAGCAGCAACGACAGCAGCAGCAGCAGCAGCAACAACAACGCCUGCAACUGCUCCUGCUUCAACAACAGCAACAACAACAGCAACAACAGCAACAGGCUGCCGCACGAAUGCAGCUGGAGCAGCGCCGCCUGCAACGGCUGUCACGACGUGAGGGGAGCCAGUCUGGCCUUCAGCUUGGGGGCAAUCCCAGUGUUGCAUUGCCAACACUUGAUGCCAAUGCGCAGGCCCAGAACGCAGGCCCCACUCCCUUACCCCGCGGGUCAACAGGUAACCUGCAACCAGGUCUUGGCUCUGCAGUCGUGCCUGCAAACAACAUGGGAGCCAUGCACUCCGGUGGUCCAUCGACAGUACCGCCUGGAGCACCUGGCCCAACUGGCCCGACUGCAACGCCGGGGACGGCCCCAGGCUCGGUGACUUCGCUACAUCAGUCGCAGCUGCUAACGCAAGCCCAGCUUGCGCAACAUCAAGCACAGCUGCAGCAACAACACAUGCAAGCCCAGGUGCAGGCACAGAUGCAACAACAAGCGCAGCAACAACAACACGCUCAGCAGCAAGCGCAACAGCAAGCGCAACAGCAAGCUCAACAGCAAGCGCAGCCACAGCAGCCGCAGCAACAGCAGCAGCAGCAACAUCAACAGCAUCAGCCACAACAUCAGCAGCAGCAACAACAACAGCAACAGCAACACCACCACCAACAACAACAGCAACAACAGCAACAACAACAGCAACAGCAACAUCAACAGCAGCAGCCCCAGCAGCAGCAACAACAGCAACACCACCACCAAGCGCCCCAGCCCCAGCAGCUUCAGCGUUCUUCCCAAGUGCAAUCUGUCGGGAUGCAGGGCCAGACUGGUCAGGGACAACAAGUUCCACAGCAAGCUCAGAGCUCCACUGCCCAACAGGCGUCUGUGCAGCAGCAGGCGUACCAGCAACAACUACAGGCUCAGGUUCAGGCUCAGGCUCAGGCACAAGCACAAGCACAAGCACAGGCCCAAGAGCAAGCGCGCUUUCAGCUGCAGGCCCAAGCUCAAUUACAGCAGCAGCAGGCAGCCGCCGCUGCAGCCGCCGCUGCAGGCCUACCGCAGCAGUUCGAUGCCAGUCUGGGUUAUGCAACAGCGAUGGUGGGUGUGCCAGGCAUUGCGUCGGGCAUUGCUCCCGACCACGGCCGCGCACGCACCCCGAGUGCGAUUGGCCUUGAUCUUGUCGACGACAUGUCCACAUCCUCGGUCUUAGAUGAUGCCUUGCUGAACUCAACCAACCUAUCACAAUUGCCGAGUGCCUUUGCCACGCCAUCUCUCAUGACGCCGGCCAUUGACCCUUUGUCCUACGUCCAGCCCAACCAGCUCUCGCUCAACGCACUUUCGCUCAAUGCCGCGGGUCUCUCAGGCCUGCCUCAGGUUGGCCUUCCAACCAACAACACGUUUGUCCCCUCGGCAUAUUCCAUGAAUGUCAUGUCGAUUCCCGAGGCGCGCGAAAGCGAGAUAUAA